AUGGCAGCCCUGGUCGCAGAGAACUUCCGCUUCCUCUCGCUGUUCUUCAAGAGCAAGGACGUAAUGAUCUUCAACGGGCUGGUGGCGCUGGGCACGGUGGGCAGCCAGGAGCUGUUCUCCGUGGUGGCCUUCCACUGCCCCUGCUCGCCCGCCCGCAACUAUCUGUACGGGCUGGCGGCCAUCGGCGUGCCGGCCCUGGCCCUCUUCCUGGUGGGCGUCCUCCUCAACACGCACACCUGGAACCUGGUGGCCGAGUGCCGGCUCCGCAGGGCGCAGAGCUGCUCCACGGCCGCCGGCUUCCUGCUCCUGAGCUCCGUGCUGGGCCGCGCGGCCGUGGCCCCGGUCACCUGGGCCGUCAUCUCCCUGCUGCGUGGCGAGGCCUACGCCUGCGCGCUCAGCGAGUUCGUGGAUCCCUCCUCGCUCACAG